CGUACCUACCCACCACGGCUAGUAGUACCCCAGAUAGGCACGGGGAGGGGCUUUGUAUUUACCUGGGUACUGCGGGCAGUGCAUCUGGGGCAUUUUUUUCGUUGAAUUCGUCGCUGCUGCCCGACGUCAUACUACAUACAAGCGUUCGACACGGAGCUUCAUCACGCUACGCUCCUGUCGGCUCCCCUUCCAGGGAGCUCUGCGCAUGCUGCUCGGCCAGGCCUCAAGCUCUGCAUCACAGGUCAUCCAAGGCCCUCCGUCAAAUUGCGGCACAUAAAAGAGAACCCACCCGCAGCAUCUGUUUGGUUGGCUUCCACUGCACUCGGCCUCGACCAAUUCCCUUGCCUCCUCGUUCCCCUUUCCAUCAACGUGCACCAGCAGCCUCUCAGAGAAAACCGUCCCAGUCGCUUCGCACGCACUUUCGCCCCACCGUUCCCACCCCUUCGUGAAGCUCCUGCGCUUUGCAGGCCGACAACCUCACAAUCAUGGCCGACACCGCGGAACACGCAUCCAACACGUUGGUCCAAAACGGCGGGCAGGCUGCUCCCGGCACCGAUCCCACCCAGGAGCUAGGCGUCCUGCAGGUUGACCCUUGGCUCUCGCCUUUCCAGGACGUGCUCAAGCGAAGAGUCUCCAGGGCCAGAGACUGGAUGAAGAAGAUUGAUGAGACAGAGGGUGGUCUUUCCAAGUUUACCAAGGGUGCUGAUGUGUUCGGUCUCAAUGUCGACCCAAACAACAGUGUCAUCUAUCGAGAGUGGGCUCCCAACGCCCAGCAGGCUUUCCUCAUAGGGGACUUCAACGGUUGGAACCGUGAUUCUCACCCCAUGAAGAAGAAUGCCUUUGGAGUUUUCGAAAUUACCAUCGCUCCCAACGAGCAUGGCCAAGUCGCUAUUCCUCACAACUCCAAGAUCAAGAUCUCAAUGGUGCUUCCAGAUGGCAGCCGGAUCGAUCGUCUCCCCGCUUGGAUCAAGUAUGUCACACAGGAUCUCUCGGUAUCACCUGCGUACGAUGCCAGGUUUUGGAACCCUCCCCAGGAGGAGAAAUACGUCUUCAAGUACCCUCGCCCAAAAAAACCUCUCAGUGCUCGUGUGUAUGAGGCACAUGUCGGCAUAUCGUCGCCUGAGCUCAGGGUCGCCACGUACAAGGAGUUCACCAAGAACAUGCUCCCAAGGAUCAAGUCGCUGGGCUACAACGUUAUACAACUCAUGGCCAUCAUGGAGCACGCCUACUAUGCCAGUUUUGGCUACCAGGUCAACAACUUCUUCGCCGCCAGCAGCAGGUAUGGCCCUCCGGAGGACCUCAAGGAGCUGAUAGACACUGCCCACAGCAUGGGUCUUGUUGUCUUGCUGGAUGUGGUCCACAGCCACGCCUCAAAGAACGUGCUCGACGGACUGAACGAAUUUGAUGGCACCGAUCAUCAGUACUUCCACGGGGGACCAAGAGGAAAACAUGACCAGUGGGACAGUCGACUGUUCAACUAUGGGCACCAUGAAGUCAUGCGUUUCCUCUUGAGCAAUCUGCGGUUCUGGAUGGACGAGUACCAAUUCGACGGCUUUAGAUUCGAUGGUGUGACAAGCAUGCUAUAUCUCCACCAUGGCUUGGGGACUGGGUUUUCGGGCGGCUAUCAUGAGUACUUUGGCUCAGACGUCGACGAGGAGGCUGUGGUCUAUCUCAUGCUUGCCAAUGAGAUGCUCCACGAGCUCUACCCAGAGUGUAUCACUGUGGCCGAGGAUGUGUCAGGCAUGCCAGCUCUGGGCGUGCCACUCUCCUUGGGCGGUGUCGGGUUCGACUACCGUCUUGCCAUGGCCGUUCCCGACAUGUGGAUUAAGAUCCUCAAGGAAAAGAAAGACGAGGACUGGGACAUGGCCAACAUAUGCUUCACGCUGACGAACAGGCGACACGGAGAAAAGUGCAUUGCUUACUGCGAGAGCCAUGACCAAGCCCUGGUUGGUGACAAGACCUUGAUUUUCCACCUGUGCGACGCGGAGAUGUACACAAACAUGUCUACGCUCACCCCCCUGACGCCGGUUAUUGCUCGAGGAAUGGCGCUGCACAAGAUGAUCCGACUGCUCACAAACUCCCUGGGUGGCGAAGGCUAUCUCAAUUUUGAAGGCAAUGAGUUUGGCCACCCCGAGUGGCUCGACUUCCCUCGUGAAGGCAACCAGAACUCCUUCUGGUACGCCCGACGGCAGCUCAACCUUACCGACGACCACUUGUUGAGAUAUCAGUUCCUCGACCAUUUCGACAGACUCAUGAACCUCUGCGAAGCAAAAUAUGGGUGGUUGCACUCUCCACAGGCGUACAUCUCCCUCAAGCACGAGGGAGACAAGGUCGUUGUAUUCGAACGUGCUGGUUUGGUCUUUGUGUUCAACUUCCACCCAACAAACAGCUACACCGACUACCGAAUUGGCGUCGACGUGGAGGGGACCUACAAGAUUGUCCUGAACACGGAUGAUAAGGACGUAGGGGGUUUCAACUCUAUUGAUGCCAACACCAGAUUCUUCACUACUCCAAUGGAGUGGAACAACCGUAAGAACUGGACACAUGUCUACGUCCCGUCUCGCACAGCCAUUGUCCUUGCCCUUGAAUCGGCCCCAACAGCGCCAUAGUGGCGCAACUGCAAGAAAGCUAGCCGCUUGCCCUCAUCAGCUAGUAGCGUCGAGCAUGUAACAUCUGAAGCGAGUUGAAGCGCCCGUGCCCACACACAGCCUUGUGCAACAGGAGGUGAAAGUCAAGUAGAGAAUAGCAAAAUUUAUCAGUUUCACGUGCAUCCUGUCUUCGAAAUAUACAUAAAGUCAUAGCCAAAAGCCCUACGCAUAGCUUUCCUCAUCUUGUGCCCAAUUGCCGUACAUCUUGUUAACACUGCGGGCGUCUGUGCAGUGAGCGCCCUUGUACAAAGAUGCUGUGGCCGCGUAGCAGAUAACAGAACAAAUAUAAAUAGUCUUCCAUACAGGACGAACUUUUUGCCAUCUUAUGGACACCAUGCUGGUGACCUAUAAUAUCAGGAGAAGGUCGGGAUGGACGAGCGCAUUAGCAGGGCAGGUAGUCCGUAAGCAGUUUUGGCUGGCCGUCAGGACACCCUGCGUGUAGGUCGUCUAUACAUGGCGGCCAUCAACCAGUCAGUAGCGGCAAAAUCGCAGCCUGCGAGCAGUACGCGGGAUUGAGGUCAAAAGAAAUAUCGAGGGAGGGGGGGAGCAGCGCCAGCGAGUUGCCG